GUGAUCUGAGGCAGUAGUGGUCAUCCCAGAAAGGUUGAGACAUGACUCCUGCUUUCUUCCUGGUCAUCCUGUGCUUGGGAAUCCUGUCAGGUGUUUCAGCAUUUGAUCCCAGUUUGGAUGUCGAAUGGAAAGAGUGGAUGGGAAGCUUUGAAAAAUUAUACAGUCCGGAGGAAGAAGUACUGAGAAGAGCAAUAUGGGAAGAAAAUGUAAAAAGGAUUAAACUGCAUAACAGGGAGAAUUCCCUAGGGAAGAAUACCUACACCAUGGGAUUAAAUGGGUUUGCUGACAUGACUGAUGAAGAAUUCAUGAACAUUGUAAUUGGUGCUACAUUGCCAGUUGACAACACAAGAAAAAGUCUCUGGAAACGUGCACUUGGUAGUCCUUUUCCUAAAUCUUGGUAUUGGAAAGAUGCUUUGCCCAAAUUUGUUGAUUGGCGAAAUGAAGGCUAUGUGACUCGUGUGAGGAAUCAGAGAAAUUGUAAUUCUUGUUGGGCUUUUCCUGUGACUGGUGCCAUAGAAGGACAAAUGUUCAAGAAAACAGGCAAACUGAUCCCACUGAGUGUACAGAACCUAGUGGACUGUUCUAGGCCUCAAGGCAAUAGAGGCUGUCGUUGGGGUAAUACAUACAAUGGAUUCCAGUACGUUUUGCACAAUGGAGGUCUGGAGGCUCAGGCAACCUAUCCUUAUGAAGGAAAAGAAGGACUAUGCAGGUACAAUCCUAAAAAUUCUGCUGCUAAAAUCACAGGAUUUGUGGUCCUCCCAGAAAGUGAAGAUGUCCUCAUGGAUGCUGUAGCAACUAAAGGCCCCAUUGCUACUGGAAUUCAUGUUGUCUCCAGUAGUUUUAGGUUCUAUGAUGGAGGUGUUUAUUAUGAACCAAAUUGCACAAGUUCUGUGAAUCAUGCAGUUUUGAUAAUUGGCUAUGGUUAUGUGGGAAAUGAAACGGAUGGCAAUAAUUACUGGCUGAUCAAGAACAGCUGGGGUAGACGAUGGGGAUUGAGUGGAUAUAUGAUGAUUGCCAAAGACAGGAACAACCACUGUGCAAUUGCUUCAUUGGCCCAAUACCCUACUGUGUGAGCACCCUGAUGUUCACAAGAAAGCAUGUGGCAUGAGACUCUAUUUCCAGAGGAGUGCCAUCCACUCCAAUGAACAGACUUUAUUGACUAUGUUAAACUCUUGAGUCCCACAAAAUCCACAUUGUAAUGUGAAUUCUGGGAGCUUUCAAAUAUUUCACAUGAGUACUGUAACUUUUGCUUUCACUACUGAAUGCUCAUGUUUUCUAAAGUAACUUUAUUUUCACUUUUAAUGUUUGUGCAAAUAAAAUCCUUAAAAAA